AUGAGAGAUUCCAGAGGCGGACUGUCUCCGCCUAAAGAGAUAACUAAUAUAACGUAUAGGCCAACAGUGCAAUUGAAUGGCAACGAAGUGCCCGAUGAGAAUAAAGAGCUCAAGGAGCUUUCCAUGCCGAUUGGCAAUAUGAUAAACGAUUCGAUCUCACAAUCAUCUUCAACAACAUCGUCAUUGUCAACAUCAACGUCAACAACGUUAACUCAACCACAUGGCGAGCCAUUGCCGAAAACCAACGCUGAUGCAAUGGAGCAUAUUUUUAAUGCACCAACCUCAAAUAAUGCUGUCCCUAUAUUGCCAACGACAGCAACAUCGAAUUUGAUGUCGGAAAUAUUGUUGAGAAAACAGAAACAUAAUAUGCUCAACCAUUGGUCCAAAAUGGAGGAGAGAGAUCAGUUGGAGGGGAGUUGCAAUAAUCGCGAUUCCAUACUGGCCCAUCGCAUAUACAAUAGAAAUAAGUCCACAGAAAGGCAGCAGCAGCAGCAGCAGCAACAACAUCAACAAUUGCUGGCAACACAAUUACUAUAUGCUCAAUUUUUGCAACAGCCUCAUUUGUCCUUAGAUGUUCAUCAGGAGCGCCAGCGAGAGCGUAGGCUACAAAUAUUUGAAUAUUCAGGCUUACCGAAAUCGGAUCCAGAAGCUAUCCCAUUAGCAACGGCAUUGCCAUUGCCGUUGCCACUGCCAUUGCCAACAGCAAUAUCACAUGACAACAAUAACAACAGUCGAAAUGAAGUCGAUGAGCAAAAAGACAGCAAAUGUAAGUCAGGCAACCAAAGGUCAUCACGAAACAGCGCAAGCGAUUCAAAGGUUUAUUUUUUUCGAGAGCAGAAGAAUGUGUUGUUUGAUGUGAAGAAGGGACUAGAGCAGUUGACAUUGCUUUGCAGUCAAUUUCAGCUAAGUCUCAUGCAACCAUCAUCGACGGCAACAGCUAUUAAUGAGGACAAUAACAACGAAGCAACCAUCGCGUCCGCCGUGUCACUUGAACUAACUGUGCAGCGCGAGUUAGAGAGCAAUCGAAUGCAAAUCAAUGGUAUGUUAGGUCAAGUGCGUAGGCUCUAUCAUCAGUGGAGCAGUGCCGAGCUCUACUAUCAACGCAGUCUGCAGCGCCUGGGCCUGCACCCGGAUAGCAAAACGAUAAACAACAGCCAGUCGCCAACUCACAAUGUGAUGGCUCUGGCUGCGAUUGCGCUAUCAGCUGAGGUCGAUACAGCGUCAAAGAGCAAAGCCGAUGUGGAGAGCGUAUACAAGCAGGAGAACUUCAACAAUGAACCUGAAAUAAAUUCGUCGGAGAAUCGGCGUACACUGCAAGAUAUUGAAAAUAUUAUUAUAAAGCAAGCAGCGGCAGCCGCAGCGGCAGCCGCAGCGGCAGCAGCCGGCGCUACCCAACAAAUAAAGCUAUCCAAUUCCAGAUACGAGAGUGCCGAAAAUAGCAACAGCGAUGACGAUGACGAGGUCGAUGAAGAUUGCUCAUCCUCACCUUUUUGUAUUUGGCACUCGAAGCACAACGCGCACCCGUCUGAGGCAAAUGUUGUUGAUACAGCCGAAAUACUGUUAGAGUAUACAUCGCUGGCAACAGUGCAGGCAAAAAUGGGCGCUGCGCCUGCGUCUACUCCUAGAACUGCACCUGCAACUGCUUCUGUUUCGAAUACCUCCGUCUUAAAUCUAACGCCGAGUAGCCAGCACGGCUUGCUUACACGAGAAUCAAUGUUAAGCUGCGGCGGCGAUCCAGCCUAUUUGGCCGACAAACAAUUAACACCAAUACCAGUCACGCCGCCAACUAGCAGUAACAGCAGCUGUUCAACAGUCAAUGGAGGACCUCUUCCCCUCAAGUGCUCGAGUGCCACUCUGGCACCGGCUACUACUAAUAGCAGUAACAAUAGUGGCAAAUACCAUAAUCGGCGCAAGUCACGCUAUGCGCGCCGCAUUGCAACUCCUACAAGCCAGUUGGACUAUCAGUCAAGCAAAGAGCUGAACUGUAACGCGUAUCAAGUCAGUUCGCCAUCAAUGUUUUCAUCUGCUGCCUCAUCCUCUACGUCCUUACCGCCGGGAUCAUCGGCGGCAGCAAUAGCAGCAGCAGCCAUUCAGGAUAGGCAUUCGCCUGCAGCAGCUGUUGCAGCUGUUACAGCUAUGCAGGAAAGAGCCCUCAGCGAUAUGUUUAAGGCACAGCUUGACGCUCUUACUGCGGCUGCUGGAUCUCAAACUGGAGCUAGAGUUGGAACCGGGUCUGGUCCAAUUGAAGCUUUAUCGGAAGGUGUGCUAAAUGAAAACUGUGAUGGGUUAUCUACUAUGCCUAUGUCGGAUGCACCCUACGAUUUAAGCAUUGGAAACAGACUAAACAAAAUAAACCUGGAAACGAAAGGCUCCUCAAAUUCGCAAGCUAACGACUGUAAAGAUAGUUCAAAUGAUAAAAAAAAACCACAUAUCAAGAAACCACUAAAUGCAUUUAUGCUAUAUAUGAAGGAAAUGCGAGCCAAAGUUGUCGCCGAAUGUACACUCAAAGAGUCAGCGGCGAUAAAUCAAAUAUUGGGUCGGCGGUGGCACGAACUUUCCCGCGAAGAACAAAGCAAAUAUUAUGAAAAAGCGCGACAAGAGCGCCAAUUGCAUAUGGAAUUGUAUCCAGGUUGGAGCGCUAGAGAUAACUACGGUUACGUUUCAAAAAAGAAAAAGCGUAAAAAAGACAGAUCGACUUCGGAUUCGGGAGGCAACAAUAUGAAAAAGUGUCGAGCACGCUUUGGACUGGAUCAGCAGAAUCAGUGGUGCAAGCCCUGCAGGUACGUUGAAAACAGAUGAUAAGUAUCUUGUAAAUUAACAGCUUGCUAAGCCCACAUUACAUUACGACGUUUAUCAAUCAAUGAUUCACCAAUUCUUUUUACAAGACUUUUAUUAGUCGUCUAAAAAAACGGGAACGAAUCAAUCAGUGCUGCCAACCUAGUUUUAUUCCAGUCACACCCAUCU